AUGAAUAAAUAUAAAAUUCACUUAAAUAAUCGAUACCAAUGGCUAAUUCUUUAAGACUAAAAUGUCUAUCUUUUUAGGCACAAUUUUAAUUUAUGGACUUGUUAAAGCACCCUAAUCACUAUAAUAGUCCAGAUUCUGUGCGUAUUUGAAAAAGUUUAGAAAUAACAUUAUCUUAAAUCGAAGAUGGAUAUACAACAUUAGGAUAAUAAUUUUCUGAAAUAUUAUAUUCAUUUUACUCUAUUUAAUCUUACUAUGUCUUAUUGUUUAUAAUAAAGAUUCUAUAGAUAUCGUCAAUCUUUACAUGAACCUUCUCUUUUAUCUUUAAUUUUUAUUUAGACAAUAUUUAAAUAAAAGAACAUGAAAGUGUAAGAUUAGAAUUUCUUAAAGUAGAUUUCAAUCAUUUUAAUCUUUGUUGCUAAUCUAACUUAAUGCUUUUGGUGGAUAUUUUUGGCGACAAAUCUGAUGUCAACUAUAAAUUAUGAGUUAUUUAUAUUAUAGAUAGUUUGCAUAUUGGCAAGAAUAUGUUAAUAUUACAUAAUUCGAAGAGGGUUAGACUAUAAUAUAUUUUUGCAUGUAGUUUCUCUUUUAUAUUUUGUAAUUUACGUAGAAUCAUUAUUGAUUUUGAAUUACACUUAAACAUUUUACAUAGUUACCAAUUGUUUGUUAAUGAUUAUCAAUUACAACACUUACUUAAAGAAGGCUAGGCAGAAAUCUAGUUUAAUUUGUAGAUUAGGACUCCCUACGUAUUUAUUUAUUAGAACAAUAUGGAUGGUCGUUUGCAGUUAAAAUUACUAAACACUUGAGUGCUUGACUCUCAUUGGAGUUGUUUUAGUUCAUUAAGGAAUUAAAAACUAUAAGAAAUUUGGAAAAUAUGAAAGAUUUCCAUAAAAUUUUUAUCUUAAAACAUUUAAAUAGGGAUAAAUAAUAUAAAAUUAAUAAAAUGAAGAAACACCUGCACCCGCUAAAAAUUAUCUCAUGCAUUCCUUAAUAAGAUCAUAGAGUAAAAUUACUCUUGUUUAAUCUCCUAAAAAAUAUUUUACUAUUUAAUUGAAGGAUCUUCCAGAUGAAUUAAAACUAAAACGAUAUUCACAUUUGACAAGCUUUUCAAAAUCUCAGAAAAAUAUUCUAAGUUAAGGGAACUCUCAGUAUUAGAUGCUUUAAUUAUACUCUAAUUUGAUAAAUAUAUUUCCUUAUGGUAUAUUGAUUAUUAAUGAGCAUUAAUCAAUUAAUUUUAUUAACAAUAAAUGUGAAAAAAUAUUAGAAUGUUAAGGGAUUGAGCAAGUUCUGGAAAAAGUGAAAAUGUGUGUCAAUACUGCAAAAAUCCAAGAAAAUGUAAGCGAAACAUCAAAUAAAUAACAAAAGAAAUAACAUCAUUACCAAUUACUCUAAUAAAUAAUAAAAAAGUUAUAAAUAAGCAAUAAUUCAGUUGAUGUUUUGGACAUCAUUCUGUAACCAUAAAAAUAUUUUGGAAUUCUAGGACAAAAUGAAAGUUAAUUUUACAAAGAUUUUUAGUAAGCAUUUCAUCAACAAAUAUUUAUUUAUGAAUGGCUUAUCAAAUCAGAACAAACAUAAUAAAAUUACUAAAAGAAAUUGAAAUUAAUAAUUAUGCCAACAUCAAUGACCAAUUAAUAAUAAGAAUACAUUUCAGCUUCUUCAUAAUUUAAAUCCUCAAUUAAAAGUCAUAUAUCAAAUAAUUAAAGUGAUUAAGAGCGUCCUGUUAUGCUGAUCAUAAUUAAGAAUGUCACAAAUAAAUACAAAUGUCAAUAAAUGAGAGAUGAAUAAAUAAUUCAUCAUAGUUUAAUUAAAUCAUUUUCCCACGAAUUAAGAACUCCAUUGAAUAGUUGCUAUCAAAUGUUGAAUCUUAUGAGAUGCUAACAAAUUUCUAAAGCUUUUUCUAAUUAUAUUGAUAUUGCAUAAUGUUCAAUAACUUUGUUAAUUCAUUAAAUUAAUGACAUUUUAGAUUAUGCUGCACUAUAAUCAUUUUCCUUUAAUUAUAAUAUUGCUAAUUUUAAGAUUAAUCAAAUUACUUAGGAAAUAGAGGACUUAUAUAAACUACAGGUGUCAUAAAAAAAUAUUGCUUUAACCAUCAAAGUCUCUGAUUACUUAGCAGGAAGGAUCUUUCGUAAUGAUAAACAGAGAAUAAUAUAGUUAUUAGUAAAUCUAUUAAAUAAUGCAAUCAAAUUUACUCCUCAAGGAGGAAGCAUUUUUUUAAGUGUGAUUGAAGUUGAUUAAUAAUACAUUAAUUUUUCAGUUAAAGAUAAUGGAAUUGGGAUAGAUGAACAUAAACUAAACAAAAUUUAGAAUUGCUUGCAUAAUACUAUUGAAUUUGGAGCUGUGUUGAAAUCUCAUUCAAAAAUCAAAUAGCCAGGAUUAGGUUUAAUCAUUGCAGCAAAAUUGAUAGAAGGUUUGACAGAAUCAAAAGAAAAUAAAUUAACUCUUAGCUCUAAGAAAAAUAAAGGAACUAUGGUAUAGUUUCAAAUAGAAGACUUAUAAUAAACCAAUUUAUAAUCUAUUUAUCUUUCAAAUUAAUAAGGCGAGAAAUUGAAUAAUUUGGUAAACCGAUAAGAAAAUAAUGUUUAAAAUUUAGAUUAAGAUAAGGUAUUCAGUUUGAGUAAUAAGACCUUAAAAUUAGAUAAUGACGUAAAUCUUCAAGAAGGAAAGUCAGAGUCAUUUAUUACAUUGAGAUUGAAUGAUUCAGAAAAAUAACCUGAAAUUUUUCUUCCUAUCAGUCCAGAAUACUUUUCAAAGAAGAUUCUGGAUUAUCACAACAAAAUUUAGAAGUAAUUACCAGAAGAUUACUUUCAAAAUGCAGAUAUACUCUGUCAAAAUUGUGUCCAUAUACUUAUUGUAGAUGAUAUUCCAUUCAAUUAGAUAGCACUAAAAAUGAUACUGAGUAAAUAUAAAAUAGAAGUUGAUUAAGCAUUUGAUGGAUUUCAAGCCAUUGAAAAAGUCAAACAAAAAAUGCUAAAACAUUGUCAAAACUAUAAAUUAAUUUUUAUGGAUAUCGAAAUGCCAGGAAUGGAUGGGUUUUAAGCAAGUUAACAAGUAAAUUUUUAAGAUACUAAAUAGAUCCUUGAAUUGACCUCUAAUUAGGCUUUUAUUGUGAUUUGUUCUGCGUAUGAUACUUAAGAAAAUAUAUAAUAAGGAAAAAACAUUGGAAUUAACACAUUUCUUUAAAAGCCUGUUAAAUAAGAUGAAUUGAAUGUACUGCUUGGAACAGUAUUUAAAAUUGAAUCUAAUUCAAAUUUUUACUUUUAAUAGUGA